AUGGCCAAGUCCUACCCUACCGUCAGCGAGGAGUACCAGACGGCGGUUACGAAGGCUAAGAGGGAGUUGAGGGCUCUCAUUGCGGAGAAGAACUGCGCUCCCAUUAUCGUUCGCCUGGCUUGGCAUGGUGCUGGCACUUUUGAUGUCAAGGAUAAAACCGGAGGUCCCUUCGGAACGAUCCGCAAGCCGGAAGAGCUGGCGCACGGAGCGAACGCUGGUCUCAAGUGGGCUGUUGACGUCCUCGAGCCCAUCAAGACCAAGUACAACAUCCUCUCUUACGGCGAUCUCUACCAGCUUGCUGGAGUCGUCGCUGUGGAGGUUACUGGAGGCCCAGAGGUUGCCUUCAAUCCCGGACGCAAGGAUGGGGAGAAGGCCCCGCCUGAAGGCCGCCUACCAGAUGCCACGGGGGGCUCGAACCACCUGAGGGACAUCUUCUACAAGAUGGGCCUCAACGACAAGGAGAUCGUCGCUCUUUCUGGCGCUCACACUCUGGGGAAAUGCCACAAGGAGAGGUCAGGAUUUGAGGGCGCGUGGACCACACAACCCCUGAAGUUCGACAACGAGUACUUUGUCAACCUUCUGGGCGACAAUGACAAGGGUCUGCUGGUCCUUCCCAGUGACAAGGCCCUCGUGGAGGACCCUGAGUUCAAGAAGUUUGUCGAACUCUAUGCCAAGGGGAGUGAUGAGGAGGGCAGUGAGGAGGGCAGCGAGGAGGGCAGCGAGGAGGGCAGUGAGGAGGGCAGUGAGGAGGGCAGUGAGGAGGGCAGUGAGGAGGGCAGUGAGGAGGGUAGCGAGGAGGGCAGCGAGGAGGGCGGUGAGGAGGGCAGUGAGGAGGGCAGUGAGGAGGGCAGUGAGGAGGGCAGUGAGGAGGGUAGCGAGGAGGGCAGUGAGGAGGGCAGUGAGGAGGGCAGUGAGGAGGGCAGUGAGGAGGGCAGUGAGGAGGGUAGCGAGGAGGGCAGUGAGGAGGGCAGUGAGGAGGGCAGUGAGGAGGGCAGUGAGGAGGGCAGUGAGGAGGGUAGCGAGGAGGGCAGUGAGGAGGGCAGUGAGGAGGGCAGUGAGGAGGGCAGUGAGGAGGGCAGUGAGGAGGGUAGCGAGGAGGGCAGUGAGGAGGGCAGUGAGGAGGGCAGUGAGGAGGGCAGUGAGGAGGGCAGUGAGGAGGGUAGCGAGGAGGGCAGUGAGGAGGGCAGUGAGGAGGGCAGUGAGGAGGGCAGUGAGGAGGGCAGUGAGGAGGGUAGCGAGGAGGGCAGUGAGGAGGGCAGUGAGGAGGGCAGUGAGGAGGGCAGUGAGGAGGGCAGUGAGGAGGGUAGCGAGGAGGGCAGUGAGGAGGGCAGUGAGGAGGGCAGUGAGGAGGGCAGUGAGGAGGGCAGUGAGGAGGGUAGCGAGGAGGGCAGUGAGGAGGGCAGUGAGGAGGGCAGUGAGGAGGGCAGUGAGGAGGGCAGUGAGGAGGGUAGCGAGGAGGGCAGUGAGGAGGGCAGUGAGGAGGGCAGUGAGGAGGGCAGUGAGGAGGGCAGUGAGGAGGGUAGCGAGGAGGGCAGUGAGGAGGGCAGUGAGGAGGGCAGUGAGGAGGGCAGUGAGGAGGGCAGUGAGGAGGGUAGCGAGGAGGGCAGUGAGGAGGGCAGUGAGGAGGGCAGUGAGGAGGGCAGUGAGGAGGGCAGUGAGGAGGGUAGCGAGGAGGGCAGUGAGGAGGGCAGUGAGGAGGGCAGUGAGGAGGGCAGUGAGGAGGGCAGUGAGGAGGGUAGCGAGGAGGGCAGUGAGGAGGGCAGUGAGGAGGGCAGUGAGGAGGGCAGUGAGGAGGGCAGUGAGGAGGGUAGCGAGGAGGGCAGUGAGGAGGGCAGUGAGGAGGGCAGUGAGGAGGGCAGUGAGGAGGGCAGUGAGGAGGGUAGCGAGGAGGGCAGUGAGGAGGGCAGUGAGGAGGGCAGUGAGGAGGGCAGUGAGGAGGGCAGUGAGGAGGGUAGCGAGGAGGGCAGUGAGGAGGGCAGUGAGGAGGGCAGUGAGGAGGGAGGAGGAGGCAGUGAGGAGGGCAGGAGGAGGGCAGGCAGUGAGGAGGGUAGCGAGGAGGGCAGUGAGGAGGGCAGUGAGGAGGGCAGUGAGGAGGGCAGUGAGGAGGGCAGUGAGGAGGGUAGCGAGGAGGGCAGUGAGGAGGGCAGUGAGGAGGGCAGUGAGGAGGGCAGUGAGGAGGGCAGUGAGGAGGGUAGCGAGGAGGGCAGUGAGGAGGGCAGUGAGGAGGGCAGUGAGGAGGGCAGUGAGGAGGGCAGUGAGGAGGGUAGCGAGGAGGGCAGUGAGGAGGGCAGUGAGGAGGGCAGUGAGGAGGGCAGUGAGGAGGGCAGUGAGGAGGGUAGCGAGGAGGGCAGUGAGGAGGGCAGUGAGGAGGGCAGUGAGGAGGGCAGUGAGGAGGGCAGUGAGGAGGGUAGCGAGGAGGGCAGUGAGGAGGGCAGUGAGGAGGGCAGUGAGGAGGGCAGUGAGGAGGGCAGUGAGGAGGGUAGCGAGGAGGGCAGUGAGGAGGGCAGUGAGGAGGGCAGUGAGGAGGGCAGUGAGGAGGGCAGUGAGGAGGGUAGCGAGGAGGGCAGUGAGGAGGGCAGUGAGGAGGGCAGUGAGGAGGGCAGUGAGGAGGGCAGUGAGGAGGGUAGCGAGGAGGGCAGUGAGGAGGGCAGUGAGGAGGGCAGUGAGGAGGGCAGUGAGGAGGGCAGUGAGGAGGGUAGCGAGGAGGGCAGUGAGGAGGGCAGUGAGGAGGGCAGUGAGGAGGGCAGUGAGGAGGGCAGUGAGGAGGGUAGCGAGGAGGGCAGUGAGGAGGGCAGUGAGGAGGGCAGUGAGGAGGGCAGUGAGGAGGGCAGUGAGGAGGGUAGCGAGGAGGGCAGUGAGGAGGGCAGUGAGGAGGGCAGUGAGGAGGGCAGUGAGGAGGGCAGUGAGGAGGGUAGCGAGGAGGGCAGUGAGGAGGGCAGUGAGGAGGGCAGUGAGGAGGGCAGUGAGGAGGGCAGUGAGGAGGGUAGCGAGGAGGGCAGUGAGGAGGGCAGUGAGGAGGGCAGUGAGGAGGGCAGUGAGGAGGGCAGUGAGGAGGGUAGCGAGGAGGGCAGUGAGGAGGGCAGUGAGGAGGGCAGUGAGGAGGGCAGUGAGGAGGGCAGUGAGGAGGGUAGCGAGGAGGGCAGUGAGGAGGGCAGUGAGGAGGGCAGUGAGGAGGGCAGUGAGGAGGGCAGUGAGGAGGGUAGCGAGGAGGGCAGUGAGGAGGGCAGUGAGGAGGGCAGUGAGGAGGGCAGUGAGGAGGGCAGUGAGGAGGGUAGCGAGGAGGGCAGUGAGGAGGGCAGUGAGGAGGGCAGUGAGGAGGGCAGUGAGGAGGGCAGUGAGGAGGGUAGCGAGGAGGGCAGUGAGGAGGGCAGUGAGGAGGGCAGUGAGGAGGGCAGUGAGGAGGGCAGUGAGGAGGGUAGCGAGGAGGGCAGUGAGGAGGGCAGUGAGGAGGGCAGUGAGGAGGGCAGUGAGGAGGGCAGUGAGGAGGGUAGCGAGGAGGGCAGUGAGGAGGGCAGUGAGGAGGGCAGUGAGGAGGGCAGUGAGGAGGGCAGUGAGGAGGGUAGCGAGGAGGGCAGUGAGGAGGGCAGUGAGGAGGGCAGUGAGGAGGGCAGUGAGGAGGGCAGUGAGGAGGGUAGCGAGGAGGGCAGUGAGGAGGGCAGUGAGGAGGGCAGUGAGGAGGGCAGUGAGGAGGGCAGUGAGGAGGGUAGCGAGGAGGGCAGUGAGGAGGGCAGUGAGGAGGGCAGUGAGGAGGGCAGUGAGGAGGGCAGUGAGGAGGGUAGCGAGGAGGGCAGUGAGGAGGGCAGUGAGGAGGGCAGUGAGGAGGGCAGUGAGGAGGGCAGUGAGGAGGGUAGCGAGGAGGGCAGUGAGGAGGGCAGUGAGGAGGGCAGUGAGGAGGGCAGUGAGGAGGGCAGUGAGGAGGGUAGCGAGGAGGGCAGUGAGGAGGGCAGUGAGGAGGGCAGUGAGGAGGGCAGUGAGGAGGGCAGUGAGGAGGGUAGCGAGGAGGGCAGUGAGGAGGGCAGUGAGGAGGGCAGUGAGGAGGGCAGUGAGGAGGGCAGUGAGGAGGGUAGCGAGGAGGGCAGUGAGGAGGGCAGUGAGGAGGGCAGUGAGGAGGGCAGUGAGGAGGGCAGUGAGGAGGGUAGCGAGGAGGGCAGUGAGGAGGGCAGUGAGGAGGGCAGUGAGGAGGGCAGUGAGGAGGGCAGUGAGGAGGGUAGCGAGGAGGGCAGUGAGGAGGGCAGUGAGGAGGGCAGUGAGGAGGGCAGUGAGGAGGGCAGUGAGGAGGGUAGCGAGGAGGGCAGUGAGGAGGGCAGUGAGGAGGGCAGUGAGGAGGGCAGUGAGGAGGGCAGUGAGGAGGGUAGCGAGGAGGGCAGUGAGGAGGGCAGUGAGGAGGGCAGUGAGGAGGGCAGUGAGGAGGGCAGUGAGGAGGGUAGCGAGGAGGGCAGUGAGGAGGGCAGUGAGGAGGGCAGUGAGGAGGGCAGUGAGGAGGGCAGUGAGGAGGGUAGCGAGGAGGGCAGUGAGGAGGGCAGUGAGGAGGGCAGUGAGGAGGGCAGUGAGGAGGGCAGUGAGGAGGGUAGCGAGGAGGGCAGUGAGGAGGGCAGUGAGGAGGGCAGUGAGGAGGGCAGUGAGGAGGGCAGUGAGGAGGGUAGCGAGGAGGGCAGUGAGGAGGGCAGUGAGGAGGGCAGUGAGGAGGGCAGUGAGGAGGGCAGUGAGGAGGGUAGCGAGGAGGGCAGUGAGGAGGGCAGUGAGGAGGGCAGUGAGGAGGGCAGUGAGGAGGGCAGUGAGGAGGGUAGCGAGGAGGGCAGUGAGGAGGGCAGUGAGGAGGGCAGUGAGGAGGGCAGUGAGGAGGGCAGUGUGGAUCUGACAAUGUCAGGGAAGGCUGCAACAGACUCCAUGGCGGUGCGGAAGAGGAGCAUGGGGAGGGGCGUCUGGCCGACCUGCGCAAGACAAUCUAGGAUGCCGAGCGGCACUGCUAGAAGGGGACUUGGAAAGGUGGAUAUAGGUCUGGUGUAA